GCUGCCACAGAGCCUGAUCGCGGCGCGAGCGCCAUCUGUGUGUGGUGUGUGUGUGUGUGUGUGUGUUCAUCUGUUCGAGAGAGUGAGAGAGGGAGAGAGAGAGAGAGAGAGAAGGAGAGAGCGCGCAGAAGAAGAGUUUAAACCAGUUUACACACAUCGCCUUCAUGGAUGUCUGAGAUUUCCGCCGCGCGCGCGGAGGCGGUUUUCGGUUCUAGAGGGAGUUUCUUUUUCUUCCCAAAAGGCUGAACGCGAAAGCUCGCGCCCCACACACACCCUCAACCACCACCACCUUGUGCACAAUGCGCUGUGUGUGUAGCUGAGGGCGGACCACCAUGGCCGAGCCGGAGGCUGCGGACACGGCGAGACCCGCGCGAGACUUUCCCGAUGAUGCUCCUGCUGCUGCGAGCACGCGCGCGUUCCUCAACCCGGCCACUGCUGCUGUCCUCGCCGGCGGACCCGGAGCGCGCGGAGCCGAGGCGGUGCACAGUAACGGCGGACACCGGAGCCGCGACAGCUCCGCGGAGAGGAACCAAGCAGCCGGGAACGCACCUUGCGGCAUCAUGAAGAACAACUCCAAACAGCGGCAGGUGAGGAAGAAGACGGUGUCAUUCAGCUCCAUGCCAAGCGACCGCAAGAUGAACAGCACGGCUGCCUGCAUGGCCUUCAUGUUGGAGGGAUGCGAGAUGAAAAAGGUCCGCUCCAACUCACGCAUGUACAACCGGUACUUCCUACUAGACCCAGACUUGAGCUGGCUCCGCUGGGAACCUUCAAAAAAGGACUCUGAGAAGGCUAAGCUGGAGAUCAAAAGCAUCAAAGAGGUGCGCUUGGGGAAGAAGACCCCGGUCCUACGCAGCAACGGUCUCUCGGAUCAGUUUCCAGAUGAGUGUGCUUUCUCAAUCAUUUAUGGAGACAACUACGAGUCUUUGGAUUUAGUGGCAAGCACAGCAGAUGUGGUCAGUACCUGGGUAAUGGGACUGCGCUAUCUGGUCUCUUACGGGCGACACAUGGUUGGAGUGGUCGAAGCCACUCAGCCGAGCGUAAGAACAUCCUGGAUUGGCUCGGUGUUCGAGUUGGCUGAUGUCGAGAGGCAGGGACACAUUGACCUCUUUCGUGCCACACAGAUUAUCAAGGGGCUUAAUCCAGGCAUGAGGGAGUCACGGAUUGAGCUGAAGUUUAAAGAACUUCAGAAAGCCAAAGAAUGCUACGGCGAGGCCAUCGACCUAGACUUAUUUGUAGAGGCAUAUUGUGAAUUGUGCACAAGACCUGAGAUAUUUUUCCUGCUUGUGCAGUUCUCUAGCAACAAGGAGUACCUGGAUUCUAAGGACUUAAUGUUGUUUGUGGAAGUUGAGCAGGGUGUAGAGGGAGUGACAGAAGAGAUGUGCCGUGACAUUGUGAGAAAAUACGAGCCAUCAGCUGAAGGCCGUGAUCACGGCUACUUAUCUAUUGAUGGUUUUACACAUUACCUCUUGUCAUCUGAGUGCCACAUUUUUGACCCACAGCACAAAAGCGUUUGUCAGGACAUGACACAACCCCUGUCUCACUACUACAUCAACUCCUCACACAAUGCGUCUUUGCUGGAGGACCAUUACUGGGGCUCCUCAGACAUUAGCAGCUAUGUCCGUGCCCUGCGUAUGGGCUGCCGCAGCAUAGAGGUGGUGGUGUGGGACGGCCCUGACUGUGAGCCUGUGGUCUACGUAGGCAGCUCUGUGGCCUCCCAGUUGGCCUUCUCAAAAGUCCUGGAUGUCGUUAACCAGUAUGCCUUUGAGAGCUCAGAGUAUCCUCUUAUCCUGUGCCUAGUGACACACUGCAGUAUCCCACAGCAGAGGGUCAUGGCCCAGCACAUAAAGAAGAUCCUGGGGGACAAACUCCACACAGAGCCUCCCAGUCCUGAGGAAAACUAUCUGCCCUCACCAGAGAAACUAAAGGGCAAGAUACUUCUGAAAGGGAAAUGCCUUCCACAUGACAUACAAGACUCUGAAGGGGAGGUGACUGAUGAGGAAGAGGGGCUUGAGAUGUCACGGCGCAUGCUGGGAGCGGAUGAGAAGGACCAUCUCAAUGGUUUUGGUUGCAAGAGGCUGCUACUUUGUAAGGAAUUGUCAGAUCUUGUCACCCUUUGCAAGUCUGUCCAAUUUAGAGAUUUUGAGUCCUCAAAGAGAGAACAGAAGCACUGGGAGAUAUGUUCUUUCAAUGAGGUGGAUGCUAAUCGCUUUGCUAAUGAGUACCCUGAGGACUUUGUCAGUUAUAAUAAGCGAUUUCUAUCACGGGUGUACCCAACUCCCAUGCGCAUUGAUGCCAGCAAUAUGAACCCACAAGACUUUUGGAAAUGUGGUUGUCAGAUCGUGGCUAUGAAUUACCAAACACCAGGCCUGAUGAUGGACCUCAAUUUGGGUUGGUUUAGGCAAAAUGGCAACUGUGGUUAUGUGCUACGCCCUGCCAUAAUGCGCGAGGAGGUCUCGUACUUCAGUGCCAAUGCUCGUGACUCUUUGCCUGGUGUAUCUGCCCAGCUCCUUCAUAUCAAGGUGAUCAGUGGCCAAAACCUGCCAAAACCUCGAGGCUCAGCCGCAAAAGGUGAUGUAGUUGAGCCAUACAUCUAUGUAGAGAUCCACGGGAUCCCUGCCGAUUGUGCUGAGCAGCGCACAAAGACUGUAUCGCAGAAUGGAGACAAUCCCAUUUUUGAUGAGAGCUUUGAGUUCCAGAUCAAUCUCCCUGAACUAGCAGUUUUACGUUUUGUGGUUCUUGAUGAUGACUACAUUGGGGAUGAGUUCAUUGGCCAGUACACCAUACCCUUUGAGUGCCUGCAGCCUGGAUAUCGUCAUGUACCACUGCAGUCACUCACAGGCGAGCUUUUGCCCAAUACCACAUUAUUUGUUCAUGUGGCCAUUACGAACAGGCGUGGUGGGGGCAAAGCUCACAAGAGGGGUCUUUCUGUGAGGAAGGGUCGCAAGGCAAGGGAGUACACUUCAACCAAGAACACUGGGAUCAAAGUCAUAGAUGAACUCUUCAGGGCUUCCACGCAGCCACUUCGGGAGGCAACAGAUUUGCGGGAAAACGUGCAGAAUGCAAUGGUGUCAUUUAAGGAGCUAUGUGGGCUGACCCCAGCGGCUAACAUGAAGCAAUGUAUCCUGACCGUUUCAUCAUGGCUGCUGAACAGCGAGGGGUCUCUGCGCGUCACUGUGGACUUGAGUGAGUCCUACCCCACCAUGGAGGCCCAGGGUGCUGUCCCCGAGCUACUGCGCAAAGUCCUCAUGGCCUACGACACGAUGAUCCAGACAAGCCGUACUCUGAUCGAAUCAGCAGAUAGUGUCUACUCCAAACUUACCCAGUCACAACGAGCAGGGUUGGAUUUCCAUGAAGAUCUGCACCGGAUCGGCGCUAAGGAGGGCCUGAAAGGUAGAAAACUGCAGAAGGCUAUGGAGAGCUACGCCUGGAACAUCACUGUUCUCAAGGGCCAGGCAGACUUGCUGAAGCACGCCAAAUCCGAGGCGAUGGACACGCUGAGGCAGAUCCACUACGCUGCUCACUCUUGCGGCCUGGCCAAGAAUGGAGCCUCUACAUCGCCGGCCUCGCCUUUGCUGCCUCCUUACCCACGGCUCCUCGGAGCCUUACACACCAUCCCUGAGACAGACUACCACAGCACAGACACAAAUACCCUACACUGAUAUAUAGAUAUAUAUACAGUACACACCGAGCGAGAGACAGAGAGAACGAGAAAGAGGGAGGGAGCGAGACAGGACAGGUGACCUUGGAAAGGUGGGAACAAAGCAAUGACUUCAAGGACACAGAGAUAGAGGGAGUAAAAAGCGAUAGAAGCGUUAGAAGAAGGCAGGUCUGUACAGAUUGGUCCACAGUUCUGUCCCUUCAGCUAGUUGCUAGACGAGUGGAAAGCCAAGGACUCCACUAGCUCUGAGGAAUCUGUAAUGAGAAGAUGGAAGUGUCUGCUUUAUGUUACUGUAUGGAUUCUGGUUAAAUCUCUAACCUGAGCCUCUUACAAUGCUUAAACCUAAUCAGAAAUGAAACCUGGUCUUUAAUUGCAGUUGUAUACUAGCUGGAAAGGCCAGGAAUGUCCCGUAAAUCUUAUAAUAGUAAUAAUGCUCAAGUAAUAAAUAUAAUAAAGAAUUGCAUAAAUCAAGGGCAGGCUGUAAUAAAGGCGCACAGAUGUACCAUUUCAAACACACACACACACACACACACACAUACACACGUUCAUAUUUUAUUUUUACUUUAUGUUUAUAUUUCUGUCAUUUGGACUUUUAUCCAGGGUUGUUGUUUUUUUUGUUUUCUUUUGUUUUUUUUUCCCCAGUGUGUGAAAAUGUGUUAUCUGUCUGUCCUAAUACUCACCAUUGUGUUCGAACUGGAACUUGGACUUCUCCUGUUGAGACAGACUGAACUCAAACGGAAAAAAACAAACAAAACAAAUACAGCACAGAGACUCAGACAAGCAAAUCAUCUAAAUUGUGAAUGAAUUCAGUGAAUCAUUUUAGAAUGAAUGAAAGGAGUUUCCCUUUUUUGCAGUCUAGCUCUGAGCAAUACACGCUGUUUGUGAACAAAGUGACUAUUGUAAUAACUACUGUAACUAUUGUGGGUAGGUAUAUUAAUAUUGCAGUUAUUUUAUAAUUACAGGAUGCCUGCUGUACCCAUAGUCAAGAUGUCACUGGAAUGGAAAUAGGUCAAAGGUUAACGGCCAAACAGGGUGAGUGGAAGGGGGAUUUUUAGAGAAAGAGUAACAGCUGCAGAAUAACACCUCAUUUGAUUAUUAUUUUAUUUAUUUUUUUUUUUCAUUUAUUAAGCCCAUAAUAUAUUAUAAAAGUGAAAUGGCACUAGAACUAAAUGUUUCUUGUCUUUCAUUUGCACCUGGAAAUUCAGCUGUUACACGUUCAAGAAUUUCAGAUUAGCUUAUAAAUUUGUGUAAGUAUUUAUUUUAUUUAAUUGUAUUUAUUUUAUUUUUUUACAUUUAAAUCCUACACUUAUUGAUGUAGAACUACUGUUUAUCUGUAUUUGAGCACAUUUUAAUCGUAACCCAGGUAAAUACUUGUUAUGUUUAGAACAAAUCAGCAACAGGGUGGUGUGAUAUGACUUGACAUUACUGUACAUGGAGUUACUGUUACCACUCUGAAGCUGAUUAUUUUCCUAUAACAGCAUGCCCUGAAGCGUUUUUUCCCCCCACAACAAUUUGCCAACUUUUACAAUUUUUCAUUCAUUAAACAAUGACACAUUA